GAUGUUGUUCCAGCCUCUCAUUGCUGCGACUCUUUUGAGCGCCAUCACAGCCGUUGCUUCGCCGACAUGGUCUGCCCAGCAAGAAUACACCAAGUCUCUACCAAAGAGCGUCUCCAAGCAUCAAGGAACGCGUCCAAAGACCGACAUCUCUCCUAAGAAGCCGUUCAAGCCCUUCCCUUCUUCGCCUUCCAGGAACAGGGUCUGCUACGUCAGUUCUCACAACGACGGCGUUACAGACGACUCUGACUACAUUCUCUCUGCCGUCAAGAAGUGUAACAACGGCGGUCAUGUUAUCUUCUCGCAGGGCCAGAAGUACGUGAUCGGUACAGCACUGAAUCUGACCAACCUCAACCACAUCGAUCUUGAUAUCCAAGGAUACGUCCAAUUCACCAACGACACCGACUACUGGCAGGCAAAUGCUUUCAAGCAGGUCUUCCAAAACGCCACGACAUUCUUCCAACUCGGUGGAAACGAUGUCAAUGUCUAUGGUGGAGGCUUCCUUGAUGGCAACGGCCAAGCCUGGUAUGACUUGUAUGCUCAAAACAUCUACAUCUUGAGACCUGUCCUCUUCGGUGUCGUUGGUCUGCACAACUCGACUAUCCAAAACUUGAAUCUUCGCUACAGCCCUCAGUACUACAACUGGGUCGCCAACAGCACCAAUGUCUUGUUCUCGAACAUCUCCAUCUCGGGAUUUAGUCAGAGCAAGAACGUGGCCAAGAACACUAACUCAGUAAUCAACAACGGUGACGAUUGUGUUUCGUUCAAGCCCAACAGCACCAACAUGCUUGUCCAGAACCUGCAAUGCAACGGCAGUCACGGCAUCAGUGUCGGCUCUCUGGGCCAGUACCCUACCGAGACUGACAUUGUGGAGAAUGUUCUCGUCUACAACAUCUCCAUGUCCAACGCCAGCGACGGCGCUCGCAUCAAGGUCUGGCCCGGCUCCNCCGCCGCUCUCUCCGGCGAUCUCCAAGGCGGCGGUGGCAAAGGUCGUGUCAACAACAUCACCUACGAUACCAUGAGCAUCAACAAUGUCGAUUACGCCAUCGAGGUCACUCAAUGCUAUGGCCAGAAGAACUUGACAGCUUGCAACGAGUUCCCGUCCAAGUUGACCAUCUCGAAUAUUGUCAUGAAGAACAUUCAUGGCACUACUAGCUCCAAGUACAAUCCUAUCUCGGGAUAUGUUGUUUGUAGCAGCCCGAGCGUUUGCACUAACAUCAAGUUGUCGGAUAUUAAUGUCAGCAGCCCGAACGGCACGGUCAAUGAGUUUUCUUGUGGCGAUGUGGAUGAGAGUCUGUUGCAGGGUAUCCAGUGUACUACCAUCAACAAGGGGUACAAC